CGCCCCCCCAGCCGUGGGCUGCCCUCAGCGUCUUUGCCUUCAGCCAGUAGUAAGCGUGGCCGCCGCGCUUCCGCCGGAGCGUGGGGGAAGGUCAAAGGUCACACAAGAUGGCGGCGCCCAGGAGCUGCUGAGGCGUGCAGCGGAGGAUGGCGCUGGCCGCGCUGGCGGCUGGGGCUCGGCUGCGGCAGCGGCUGAGCUGGCCGGGGCUGGUGCGAGGGCACUGGACGCCGGCCGGGCGCUCGCGGAGCCGGCGCGAGGCGGCGGAGGCCGAGGCGGACGCGCCCGUGUUCCAGUACGUGGGCGAGCGUGCCGCCCGUGUCGACCGCGUCUUCGUGUGGGGCUUCAGCUUCUCGGGGGCGCUGGGCGUGCCCACCUUCGUGCUGCCCGGCUCCGGGCCCAAGACUCGCGCCGGCCGGCGGUCGUACCGCAGGAUCCAGAUUGUGCCCUACCGCCUGGAGCUGGAGCAAAAGAUUUCGUCUGCUGCCUGUGGCUACGGAUUCACAUUGCUGUCCUCUAAAACCAAGGAUGUUACGAAAGUCUGGGGUAUGGGACUCAACAAAGAUUCUCAGCUUGGAUUUCACAGGAGCCGGAAAGAUACAACUAGGGGCUACGAGUAUGUUUUGGAGCCCUCGCCCGUCCCACUGCCUCUGGACAGACCUCAGGAAACACAGGUGCUGCAGGUGUCCUGCGGCAGAGCACACUCUCUCGUCCUGACAGACAGCGAAGGAGUCUUCAGCAUGGGAAACAAUUCUUAUGGGCAAUGUGGAAGAAAGGUGGUUGACAAUGAAAUUUACAGUGAAAGUCACAAAGUCCAUAGAAUGCAGGACUUCGAUGGACAGGUGGUGCAGGUCGCCUGCGGUCAGGAUCACAGUCUGUUCCUGACGGAUAAAGGAGAAGUCUAUUCUUGUGGAUGGGGCGCUGACGGGCAGACAGGUCUGGGUCACUACAAUGUCACCAGCGUGCCCACCAAGCUGGGCGGAGACCUUGCCGGAGUGAACAUCGUCCAGGUGGCCACCUAUGGCGACUGCUGCCUGGCCGUGUCUGCUGACGGAGGCCUCUUUGGUUGGGGAAACUCGGAGUACCUGCAGCUGGCUUCUGUCACUGACUCCACACAGGUGAACGUGCCCCGGUGCUUGCCCUUCUCAGGAGUCGGGAAGGUGCAGCAGGCUGCGUGUGGCGGUACAGGCUGCGCCGUGCUCAAUGGGGAAGGACAUGUUUUUGUCUGGGGAUAUGGAAUUCUUGGGAAAGGACCAAACCUAGUGGAAACUGCUCUUCCAGAAAUGAUUCCACCCACCCUCUUUGGCUUGACGGAGUUCAACCCAGAAAUCCAGGUUUCCCGCAUUCGAUGUGGACUCAGCCACUUUGCAGCACUUACCAACAAAGGAGAGCUGUUUGUGUGGGGCAAGAACAUCCGAGGGUGCCUGGGAAUCGGUCGCCUGGAAGACCAGUAUUUCCCGUGGAGGGUGACGAUGCCUGGGGAGCCCGUGGAUGUGGCGUGUGGUGUGGAUCACAUGGUGACUCUGGCCAAGUCAUUCAUCUGAGUCUCCCGCCUGACCUGCUGAGUCUGGCCCUGGCCUCGGCUGCCCAGCAGAGACGGCACGUGGCCCGCCAGCCAGGGCUCUUGGACGGUGGCAGAGGAGGAUCAGGACCUUUUGUGGAGUGUGGCACCCUCUCCGAAAUCCCGUAGUGGGCAUGUACUGAGAGCAUCUGGGACGAGGUCCCCUCUCCAGCCGAGGAUGAGACCUGCAGAGUCCAGCACAGGACGCUGCGUUUAGCGGGCCGAGCGCCUGGGCUGCUGCGGUGGCCGCGGGCGGGAGGACGGUUUACACCUGGGACAGCCUCUGGGAUCAUGCUUGGCCCAAGACGCUGGUUUUAGGAAAGCUUAGCCCUCACCGCGUGGCGUUUUUCAUGACCUUACAAGGUGGCCUGACAGAAUGUGGCGCUCGGACGGGCUUCUGUCUCCCCUCUGUCACGGCGGCCCCUUGGUUUGUGUCUGGCAGACGUGCGUGUGCCUCAGGCCGAGCCCACGGAGCUGAGGGGGCCAGGCUGGCUUCGGCCAAGUCAGUCGCUCAUGGCCCUCCCGGGUCGCUGCCCCUGCCCCGCGGGGCCCGUGGCUGUCUGCAGCCUUGUGACUGCUCUCCCUGCCUGGCUGGGACACGCUGAGAAGCCCCUCGGGAGGAAGAUGGAGGCCGAAUUCCUGUGGGCCGAGGGCCGCGGACACGUCCACAAAAGCCUGGCUGGAGCGCCCGCCGGCCCGGGAGAGGGAGCGUUCAGAGUGUGAAGAACAUUUGAUUUAGCGGCGUGACUUGUCUGUUCCUUUAAAAACGUCUUUUAAAAAUCGCUUUUGGAAUAAAGUCUAUGCUCUGCCUUUUGAUUUUUAA